GUGAUCGGGGGGGGGGGGGGGGGAAUAAGCGGGCGGGGUGUGGCGGUCACCGCCACAUCCCGCUCGCAGCAUCGUUUCCACUCCUCUCUCCCGUCGUCUCGCUACGCCCGGCGCUCGCCACGAUGCUGCCGCCGCCCCGUCGUCCUCGGCCGUCGUCGCCGUCACCGCUGCUGCUGCUCUGCUGCUGCUGCUGCUGCUUGUUCUUCUUCGGCCGCGGCGGGAUGGGGGCGCCGACGGCACCGCAGGCGCAGGAGGAGCUGGGGAGCCGCUUGCCCGUGACGGACGCGCAGGUGCGGCUGGCCGCCGAGACGGCCGUGGGGAGCUUCAACGGCGCGUCCGGAGGGCACCUCUACCGGCUGGCGCGAGUCAAGAUGGCCUGGCGCAAGGACCUCCCUGGGGAACUGAAGCGCUACCACCUGAUGUUCGACAUCAAGGAGACGGAGUGCGAGCAGAAGGGCGGCUCCAGGCUGUCCGAGUGUCUCUUCAAGUCCGACAACACUGCAAUGCUGGGUGUCUGUUACGGGGACGUUGACUUCCUUCCGGGCAAGGAGGCCACGGCUGUGGGACACCCCACGUGCCAGAUGAAGAAACCAAUCCUCGAAGAGACGCUGGUCACCUGGGGAUCCGGCUGCUCCGGAUGUGCCGUGCCGGUUUCCAGGGAGGAGGCCCAGGUUGCGGUCGAUGCGGCGCUCAGAGUCUUCAACUCGGCCAACGCGCAGCACAAGCAGUUCGCGCUGAAGAGCGUCGACAGGGCGACCAAGGAGGUGGUGGUGGGGCUGAGGUUCCACGUGGAGUUCUCGGUGCAGGAGACGUCGUGCUCCAGCAACGGCAGCUCCGGCCAGCGGGGGCGCUGUUCCCUAGAGGCCCUGGGCGUGGCCACGCUGGGGAAGUGCAGAGCGGAGGUCGCGUUUGGGGUCGGGGAGUCGGAGGGGCGAGUGAGGGGCUUCCCCGCGUGCCAGCUCACCUCGCCCGUCCACGAGAGCGUGCCCGCGGCGAGCGCCCCGUGCACGGGCUGCCCCGUGCCGAUCCACCACGACGACCCGGCCGCGUGGCUCGUCAUCCGCACCGCGCUGCCCGUCCUCAACGCCACCGCCGCCAACGCCAGCCUCCCUCCGCUGGCGCCCGCGGUCGUCCUGUCAGCCGAGCGGCAUACGGCCGUGGGAGACGUGACGCACGUGAGGUUCACGGUGCUGCAGGGGAGGUGCGAGACGCCGCAGGACAGCGUGAAGCCCACGUGCGAGUUCAGCACGGGAGAACACCUGACUUCCGGAAUCUGCACGGUGCAACAGAAGCGCAACGCUCAGCAUCGGCUGUCUCAGAUCGCCAUCGCCUGCAACGUAUCAAGAGACAACGAGACGCAGCUCAUCAGCAGAUCGGAGGCGGUCUCCACCACCAGCACCGAGGGUGCCUCCACGGGCGGCUCCGGCUCAAGCCCCGGUGGUGGGGACGCCGUGGCGGCCGACCGGAACGGCAAAAUCACCGAGCACCUGGGGCUGGACGUGACGGACAUUUCGCACGUGCUGUCUCCCGCGCCCUCUGACCCCACGCUCACGGACUUCGACCUCCUGGACGCUCUGGGAUAAGAGCGGCGGGGGCAGCCGAGGAGUUACGAGAAAAACGAGCGGCGGUCACCCCCCUAAUGCACCCCCCCACGCA